UUUUCCUUUCUUUUUUUUUUUUUUUUCUUCUUUUUCUAUUAAAAAUGAGUGAUAAUAACGAAGAAGUGAAUAAUGUUGACAAGAUCCCUACUGAACAAAAGGGAGCCUUUCAUUCCUUUUUGAAGUCGCUUGCUUCCUUUUCUGGCGACUUAUCUUCUUUAACAUGUCCUGCUUUUCUGUUGGCUCCUGUUUCAUUAAUUGAAUACUCUGAAUACUGGACACAACAACCGGACCUUUUUACAGAUAUUACAAAACCAGAUGACGAAGUGGAACGAAUGACCAAUUUCGUCAAAUGGUUCAUCUCUUCUCUAAACGCGUCAUACUCUCGUCGUGUACCCAAAGGUGAAUGGGAAAAGAAACCUUAUAACCCUGUGUUGGGAGAACAGUACAAGAUGCAUUGGGGAGACCUUAACGGUUCUGGUGAGACAGAAGUUUUAUGUGAGCAAGUGUCCCACCAUCCGCCUAUCACCGGGUUCUAUAUCAAGAACGAUAAGCAUGGUCUUGUCUUGAAUGGUCACUCUGGACAAAAGACUCGCUUUUCAAGCACUUCUUUGAUUUGUGACCAAGUCGGUCAGUCUGUCCUUACUUUGAAACAGCGCAACGAUGAAACAUACAUGUUCUCAUAUCCCUCAGUUACCGUGAAUGGUAUUUGGUACGCAGCACCCUAUGUUGAACUGACAGGUACAUCAUAUGUUCAGUCUUCUACUGGUUUAUACUGUACCAUCGAAUAUACCUCUCGUGGUUGGAUUUCUGGAGAAAAGAAUCAUUUCAAGUGCUACAUCCGUCGCAACAGCAACCCUAAAGAAUAUAUUUACAAGAUAGAAGGUCAGUGGAGCGCUAAAUCAACCAUAACGCCUUAUAAUUCCAAGACAUCCCAGCCUUUCCUGGACGUGACACAACUCACGCCUGCAUCCAUGCAUAUCAAGGAAAUCGACGAACAAGAUGAGAUGGAAAGUCGCAAGAUCUGGCAAAAGGUAUCUGAGGCCAUUCGAGCUAAUGACACUCAAACUGCUGGUAUCGAAAAGAGCAAGAUUGAAAAUAAACAGAGAGAAGAAAGAGCGGCUAGAGCAGAAGCAAAUCACGAAUGGGAACCCAAGUAUUUCCACUGGGAGAAUGAAGAGCCUACGGUAUCUAUGCUUCAACGUAUGCUAAGUUCAACUGUAAAAAGUAAAUAUAAUCCUGCUACUAGUGGCAAUUGGGUUAUCAGACAAUAAUAAAAUAAAACAACAUGCCACGGGUUAAUAACGAUUGCUUAAUGUGGACUUUAUCAGUAGGAAAUCUUUGCGGGAAAUUAAAUUAAUAUACACACAGCUUAAAAGCUAUACCUUUUGUUUUUUUUCUUUCUUUCUUUUUCUCUUUUUUUUCCAUAUACAAAAUGUCUACCGAGCAUCGUAAAUCAUUUUCUAAUGGACCCAUUUUGGGCGGUACAGAAAGUCAAGAGAAGGCCAUCGAGGAGUUGAAGGAUUGCUUCAAACUAUCCACGGAGCAGUUG